AUGGCGCCCUCCAACAACCCGACCGGGUUUAACAUGAAAACCUUUACAAAUGCUGCAACAAGCAGAGAAUGGCGGGCAAAGGACCCCUGGGCUAGGAAUGAGGCCUGGCGAUACACUGGACCCUUUACUCGGUGGAAUCGGUUCAAGCGGGCGUUCCCCGGACUUGGAAUUGCUACCGCUGCGUUUACCGGCUAUGUUAUCAUUGAAGCACUCUUUUUCAAGGACACCCACGGGCAUGGAGACGGCCACGGAGAGCAACACCACUGA